AUGAAGCUGUUAGUUAUAAGUUUCCUCGUAGCGAGCUGCUAUGCUCUUCCAAAACAAGAGAGGACGUUCCCUGAUGACUUCCUCUUUGGCUGUGCCACUGCCUCCUACCAGAUAGAAGGGGCUUGGAACGCUGAUGGUAAAGGCGAAAACAUAUGGGACCGCAUGACUCACACGAUGCCCGAAGUCAUCAGAGACAAAAGCAACGGCGACGAAGCCGCCGACUCCUACCACAACUACAAACGGGACGACUUCCGAGCUAGCCAGAAUGGACAAUGUGGUAUUACUAUAAGCGUGAAUUGGUUCGGCCCUUUGACAGAUUCUGAAGAAGACCAGAACGCUGCCGAGAUCAGGCGACAGGCUGAGUGGGGUCUAUACGCUGAGCCAAUUUUCUCCCAAGAAGGUGGUUUCCCGAAGGAGUUCUCCGAGAUCAUAGCGAGAAACAGCAAGGAGCAGGGAUACCCCAGAUCACGUAUGCCCGAGUUCACCCAAGAAGAAAAGGAACUUGCCAGGGGAGCUGCUGAUUUCUUCGGCGUCAAUCAUUAUACAGCGAAUUUGGUGUCUGCCACAGAUUAUAAACAGGAGUAUCCAGUCCCGUCUCUCCAUUCUGAUGUGAACGCAGGCAGUUACGUCCCACCAGAGUGGCCGAAGUCUGCUUCUAAGUGGUUGACGCUAGCACCAAACAGUAUUUACAACGUAUUAACACACCUCAAGAACAAAUACAACGACCCGACCUUCUACAUCACGGAAAACGGUUGGUCCACAACCCUGGAAGCUGGUUUGGAAGACGACGACAGGAUCACGUACUACAGAGCGGCGUUGAAUAGCGUCCUCGAUUCUUUGGAGGCAGGUGUCAACCUGAAGGGUUACAUGGCCUGGAGUUUAAUUGACAACUUCGAAUGGAUGGAGGGAUACUUGGAACGCUUCGGCUUAUACCAAGUGGACUUUGAGAGUCCCGAAAAGACGCGCACGCCAAGGAAAGCGGCGUUUGUCUACAAGGAGAUCAUAAGAAGCCGAGUUAUAGAUCCUAACUUCGAACCAGCUACCAGGACCAUGUCUAUUGACGAAGGAAAUUAA